ACACUGUCACGUCGUAUGCUUCACAUUCAACAAGUCUUGCAGCUUCAGACUGUGUUAUGAGAUUCAAAGGCUUUUUCAUGUACGAGUAAGGAUGGAUCGUACGUGUUCUGUUCGGGUCCGAGGUCUCCCGCGGAUCAUCAUGUCCUUCUGAAGCUACGUGCUAUGACAAGGAGAAUAGCACCUUCUGAACGUUAAAAAGCGGUAUAUCAGACACAGACACCGUGGCUCACGAAUCGACGGCCUGAGCAAGACAAGAUCAGCAGAGAAUGUUUCUGUACGUAUAUAGAUGCUGGGCUGUACAGCGGGCACGGACACAAAGCGCGAAGACCGAAGGUCCGGUGCACACUGCGAUCCAUCUCAUUAUCGAAAAGGCAGAUCAAGGCACGGGCCGCAUCAUGAUGUACAUCGUCUGUCGUGGUUCAACACUGCGAGCCUAGCUCGCGGAACGGGCGUACCUCAAUGAAUCAUGUCCAACUGAUGUAGUAACACCACAGUCCAUGUCUCCGGGAUGUACGGUCGCUGUGA